CUUGCAGCACAUCAUCAUGGAGUCGCUUACACGAGUCCGUCAUGCCCCUCUGGUGGUUCUCUUCGGAACUCUUUCCGCCUUCGCUUUCUACUCGACAUGGGGCAUGUCUGUCCUGGACGGUACGAUGAGUCGGAUGCUCGAGCUGCGCGGAAUGGAAACCCCCCUGAUCCCUGGCACGGAUGUGCCUCUUCGGCUGCAUUUCACCGGGAUCGCCCCAAUUGACAACUGGUACACAAUCAUGGUGCUGUUCUUCUGGCAAGCUGUCGACGGCAGCCAUCCCGCAACGAGCUUGGCGGGCGUUUAUUUCCUGGGUCAACUCGUGGCCAUCUGGACUCUGGUCUAUGUUGAGGGUGCAAAAGUCGAAAACAAGAAAAACUGUCUUGGAAGAACGCUUCCCUGGAUCCUCCUCAUGCACAACCUCACCCUGGGCUGUUUCGGUCCUAUUUACUUUGCCGUGCAUCUCCUCAGCCUCAAGUCGCCAGAUUCGUCCAGACCGGCCGCCACAAAGAAGGGAAAAGCACCAGUACCGUCGGCGUCGGCCCAUGUCCUGGCCGCUGCCGCGCGUUAUCUCCGAUUCCUUCCCUUCUCAAUAGUCCUGGGCUUCGUUGUCCCCAGCAUUUGGAUAGGUCUCCCACCCCCCAGGCUGGCCACAUAUGCAUCACAGCAGGCUGCCAUCGCCAUCUGGACCCCGUUUCCCGUGUGGGUGGGGCUCUCGCAGCUUCUGUUGACUCGGUAUCUCCCCAAGCUUUCAGGCUGUGAGGGUGAGGCUGCCUCUGCCACUCCUGGUACCGGUAGCAUCAGCCCUGCGAGGAGUCAGGCCACCUACCUCGGGGCGCUGAGGUGGGUAUACCUCUUCUGCCUCGUAGGCAGCGCCUUGGUGCAUGUUGGCGUUGUCACCACCUCCCUGAGCACCCAGCUGUUUCCGGCCAUCUUCACGCCUGCUAUUCGCUCCGAGUUUGCACCCAUGAACCUCUUGUUUCCCCGCAAUGCUGAGGUCGCCUCGAGCAUCGGCGCAGGGGUCCUCAAUUUCAUGCAGUGGGAUCAGUGGAUUGGGUAUUCUUCGGUGCUGAUCUGGGCGUUAAAGUUGGCACAGGAGGAUCGGCUUGCCCCCUUGACUUGGACACGGCUGGGGCUUUAUGGGCUGGGCCUUGCCUCCAUCGUUGCUUUACUUGGCCCUGCUGCUGCUGCGGUGCUGCUUCUGUGGGGGGGAGACGAAAGAAGAUACGCUGUAGAACCCUGAACUCCGAUCUGCGUAACAUAUGGUUGGGGAAUAGGGGGCAACACCAAC